GAAGAAAACCAGACGUAAAAUUAGCUAAUUUGUUGGUGUAACGCCGCAUAAAGACGCAUGGCUUUGUAGCUUUUGUUGUUCUUUCUUUCUUUCUUUCGUCAACGCACGAGAAACAUCCAAUUAGAGUUGUUGAGUUUAUGUUGGUUCCUGCACAGCACGUGGUCCCUGAGAAGCAGAAACGUUUUCAGUAGAGAAACCGCUAGCAUAUUUUAAAGAAACAGUAAACUAUGGAUAAUCUUCAGUCGGAGCUGUAUAUUCCAGACGCAGAUCUGAACGAUGAGACUUCGGAGGAUGAGAGUUGUCAUACGUCAGUGAAACAGGCCGGUUUGCUGCUCGUCUAUCCCAUUAAAGGGACAAAAAUGUGUAAAGAAAGUGGAUUCCAUAAAACUACAAGGUUAUGUCUUCAAGCCAUUAGAGAUGCCAUUCUGCAUCAUCGCUGGCAAGAAGCUGUGCAGUAUUUAGAUGUUUACACUCAAACACUGGAAGACACCACAGUUGCCAAGCAGUCAGUAGCCUGUGAGAUUAUUUGGAGACUCGGCACUGAAGUCCUCCAGCAUCAUCCAAAGAAAGAACUGGAACAUUUUAAUGUUCUUUAUGAGCGGAUGAAAAACACUGGAGUGAAAAAUUUUGCUAAGAUCUGUUUGGAACACGCUUUCCACCUUCUGUUGAACGGCCAGAUUCACAAUGCCAAACAGCAGCUAUCGGUCGCAAUGAGCUGGAGGUAUGGCAAGCAUUCUGCAAGUCAGGGUCUGGAGUUAAAGCUCAUCCACGGGUACUGCGGCUUUCUGGAUUAUUUGCUCUGGUCUUCAAAGAGGCAGGCCUUCUCUGAUACAGAGGAUUGCGGAAAUAACCAUGAGAUGCACAGCCACUUCAGACAAGCCUCUAUGACUCUGCAGGAAAUCAUCAAACAGCCAGGAGUGUGGGACCCUUUUGUAUAUGGUUGCGUUGAUAUGCUCGAGUUCUACAACGAUGAAGAAGAAGCUCUGAAGUUACUGCAAAACUAUGCCUAUAACGAUGAAUUUCCAUCAAACCCCAAUGCUCACAUUUACUUGUACAAGCAUCAGCUGAGACAUAACGCUUCACCAGCACAACUUAUUAAAACUCUAAAGGUACUGCACUCAUUGGUUCCCAGCCAUGAGCUGAUGCUGGAAUAUUGCACUCUGUUGAUUAAGUCAGGACAAAAGAAAAAUCUGAAGCAUGCUCUUAGUGUUGCUAUGAAUCUUCUGGAACAUGCCUGCUGGAAGACUGACAUGAAGGCAUGGACCUGUCUGCUUUGUGUUCUCAGUUCCAUCAAAAAAAGAAAAAAACUUAAGAAACUUAUCAAAGAAGAGUGGCAACACAGAAAAGACCUCUGGUUGAAAAUGCAUUUCAAAACCUUCCAUAGCAGGAAGGACUCUGAAGCACUUAUGAGUGUCAAAGUGAAAGUACUGCUCUGUGUGGGCCUAUAUAACACACGCUACAGUAUGAAGUACUAUAAAGAUCAGAAGAAAAUGACGGCUCAACAAGAUAUAAAGUGAAGAACAUGAUGUUUUGAAAGUGAAGGGAUACAGAGGAAAAAUUAGCGAAAAAGCGAGGAAAAGAAAGAAGAAAUAAAGAGAAACGAUUGCUUUCUAUGCAUCUGUAUAUAUUCUCAGAAAAAAGGUUCGAGAAAUUUUGAUAUGACAACGGAUUGGCUACAGAAACAAGGAAUGUGGUGUGACAAAAGUGCUGGGCCCACAGGGAUUAACAUGGGCUGGCUCCAUGAUGCAUGGAGGUCGGGGAAGCGGCUGUUUCUGGGGUGCCUGCUUUGGUCAGGCCCUCUCCGGUAGGUCUGGGGGACGUGGAUGUGAUGUGCCUCUUAUAUCUUGCUUGACAUUUAUCUAUCUGUAACAUUAAAAUUGCACUGUGUCAGUUGACAACCCACCUAUAGAUUACAUUGUAUGGCUGUUUUCCUGUGAACGUUUGCCUGUACAUACCCUCUUAAACAGGUCAUGCCACUUCUUCUGGUGAGGAGCAGGUCUGUUAUCAGCUUCAGAGAGCCACAACCUGUUGAAAAUAAACACUGAUCAUAUCACA